CUCAUUGUCCUCCAGCUCACCUCUCCUCUGCCCCUCCAUUGCUUAGUCACCACAUGGAUGUGUCAUUGUUUCUAUCACUUUCUGACUUUCAUGCCUGCUGAAGCACAGCGAGAGCAUCUCUGUGGUGCCAAACCCAUGAAAAGAUACAGGAUUCACUUCUGUCCAACCCCCUCAGCCGCUCCCCCCUCCACUCCAAACAACAGGACCUCCUCAUUCCUGAUGGAUGGCGCCACUUUCCACAGCCAGGGCCACAGCCCACAUGGCGACCACACCUCCACGGCACAGGCUUAAAGCCUCCGGAUGUAUAAGCGAGGGACCAUAAGGAGACGAGGAAUCGGAGAGAAGAUGAAGAUGGAGCUCGCCGUGGUUAACUGGAUGGUGGCAGCAGCAGGGUUUCUUCUGCUCUGGGCCGGCGGUGGCUCUGCAGCGCCUCUUGAGUGCCACUUCAACUCCAGAGCUCUGUGUGAGUUCGAGGGGAGGCAGUACGCCCUGGGGGAGACCUGGAUGGAUAACGCCUGCAUGCAGUGCACCUGUUUGCACCCUGUUGGAGUCGGUUGCUGUGAGACGGUGCAUCGGCCGGUGGACUUCCCUGCCUGGUGCGAGGUGAGGGUGGAGCCGGUGACCUGCAAAGUGUUCCUGGUCCAGACAGCCGACCCCCGCCUGCCGUGCACCCCGGGCGAAACGGACAGGGACCCCAGCCACGGAUCGCUGCAGCUGCAGCUCGACGGGGGGAUCCGUACGGAGACCAACAACAGCUUGACCUGCACCUAAAUAUCAGAAAAUGCCUUUUUGUUUUAAUGAACCUAUAUUAGACACCGUCUGUGAGUCUUGGCCUACAUCCGUAUUAGGAAUCUGUCUUUGCAAAACAAAACUUCAGAAAAGCAGCCUUUUGUGUUUAUGUAUGACAUUUCUCACUUAGCAUUCUUCUUGCAAGUAUUAAAGUAAAUAUUCUGCAUCUUUUUAAAUCUAUUUUAUUUCUAUAAUCAGCCGUGCUUUAAAAAUUCAGUAAAACCUUUGCAUAUUUGACUGACUCAAUAUUCGUUGCUAAACAAAACUUUCGUCAAAACAAUCUAGUAAUGUAAAUACAAGAAAGAAUGCAUACGUUAUAUGUAUUUCUGCUCACCUGUUUUCUGCUGUAACUCAUUUAACCUGGAGAUGACACUCUUGUGUAAAAUAAAUAAAAGAAAUUUGAGGUUAAA